AUGGCAGAACAACUUGGUGUUUUUGAGCCUGAUACAUUGGAUCCGAGCUACCUCGACCUCUGCAAGAGAUCUACCUGUGGCGAGUACGUCAGUGAGAUAUUCUACAACCAUCAAGCAUCUUCGGAUAUCGUCCUCAGCUUCCAUCCAGAUCUCCAGAUCCAUGCUCACAAGGCAGUAAUCGAGAGAGCUUCGAGUGUGUUUCGUGCUGCUUUUAGUGGCAACCGGUCGAAUCCGACCACCAAUCAAUAUACCAUCAAAGGUUUCGAUGCCGAUGUCGUGGUUACCAUGAUCAAACACAUCUAUGGCUUCGAGCUGUGUGGGGUCGAAGGCCAUACUGCGGAUGAGAAAACCAAGUUUCUCCUGGACGUCUACAUGAUCGGCGAGGAGUAUCGGAUCACAUCUUUGCAGAUGAAAGUUAUCGGAAAGAUCAAAGCACUACUAAAGGAACUGUAUGACUUGAAGGACGACGACGAACCGCUUAGACGAUCGAUCGAAGCAAUCAUCACACUCCACGAGACCUAUAAGCUGCGAGACUGGCGACCAAAGCGCGACUGGGAGAGCCGCACACUACUCGAAACUACCGCACGCUUCUGCACAAAGUGGCAGCCUCGUUGCGUAGAGGACAUAUGCACUCCGCCAGAAGACAACACCAAGAAGCCUCUGAGACGGUACAGAAAGUUUAUGGCAGAGCUGAAGAAGGCAUAUGAAGGCUUUUCGUAA